CGCAAUGUUACUUGUCAUGCGGUUCGCUGCUAUCCUCCCGUAUGAAGUGGGCGAUGAUGGUAGCAUAGCAUAUCAUAGCAUACAAGGUAGCUCAAGGAGAGUGAGUACGAGGCCACAAGUGCGGUGAGCUACCUCGACGUAUCGCGGCAGAGAAUGAUCGAAUGCAGGGCAGCGAAGCCGGCAAGAGAAAGCACUCUGCCCCCUGACGCCGGCACGGGCUUCCGGAUCCGUUCGGUGGAUCAGAGGAUGGACGAAUACAUCCACGAAGGCCAAGGGAAUCUCGUCCACGACGUCUCCACCCAGAGGCUGCCCACCCACGAUGGUACCUCUCACCUUCAUUGUACUCUUGCUCUUAGGUCUCGCCCUAGGCACUGAUCUCAAGGCCACUGCGCGCUUCUCGGCUUCAACCAGCGACACCUUCGCAGUCCAGCCCAUCGAGUACGUCCCCAACAGAUACAUCAUACGGUACAGGGAUGACAUCGUAGAAGACGAAGGACUGCACGAGAGCGCACUAGAUGCCAUAUGCUCUCACGUGUCUCAGCAUCUGGAUGCAGACACCCAGGUCACCCAUCGCUAUCACAUUCAUGGCGAAUUGGCAGGUGCUACCAUUCAACUCCAUCCCCGCAGGGCCACACAGUACAUUCAAGACGCUACACCCAUCCUCCGUCAAGCCCCUGAGGUGGCACACGUUUCGAAGGACAAGUAUCUCCGUGUCUCAACGGAUGGGGUGAUCCGGAGGGCAGGAACCGCCUUUCAAAAGACUGCACAGAAGGCUCGAAGCACAGAGGUCAAGACGAAGAGAGAUGUCGUCAGCUCCCCUUCCCUUACAUCUACCAGCAUGACCAACGACCCUCGACAUUCGCUCACCGGCAUCAGCAUUCAGCAUAAGCGCGGCAACCUGGGCAAAGGCGUCACCGUCUGUAUCAUGGAUCACCUCGUCGAUUACUCUCACCCGCAUCUCAACGGCGGUAAGGGUGAUGGUGUCCCUUGCUUUGGCGAAGGAUGUCCAGUCAUUGGCGGCCACGACUUCAUCGGCGCAAACUUCGAUUCGGUACAUCGUCACCCCGGCAAACCCAACUACAAGAAUGUGGCAGGCAAUGUUGACUGUACGCAUGGCACUCGCAUAGCAAGCAUCAUAGCUGGACGGGACCCAGACAAGAAAUACAUUGGAGUCGCACCAGAGGCCUCCAUUCGGACCUACGGCGUCAUUCCAUGCACUACCUCUCCCUACAACAGCUCAAGCGGCGGCACAACGGCAGCAGACGCGUUUGGCGCCUACAAUCUCGCCUACAAGGACGGAUGUGAUGUACUUUCGGCCUCGGUGAGCUUCUCUGUAGGCUGGCAGGAGGCAACUUCGGAAGUCGUCUCCGCACUAUCAAGAAAGGGAGUCACCUCUGUCUUUUCCGUAGGCAACGGAGGCAUGUCGGGCCCGUUCCGCGUCGGGACGCCAAGCAUCGCAGCAGACGCACUAGCCGUCGGCUCCGUCAACGCCGGGACGGCCCCAACCUUCCCUCUACAUAUCGACCCUCCUCUCGAUGACGGCACAUCGGUGCUGAAUUUGGCUGCUGGCUGGUCUUGGACGUACAACAGAACAGCUACGGCCAUGCCGAUUCGGUUCACUGCCGCAAGCCUGAAGGAUCCGGAGCUUCUCAACGAUGCCUGUGCCCCUCUUGGUGACGAGAUACCCAAGGGCGGCGACUACAUUCUGGUUCUAUUUCAAGCCAAUGACUGUCUCUUUGAAGACCAGACGAAGCACUUCAAAGCCAAGGGCGUCAAGUUCGUGAUUCGAGUCACGGCGAAAGAUGAACCAUUCGGUGCAUAUCCUGCAGAGGUGACGGCAGACAAUAUCCGCCACGCCAUGUUGUCGCGCGAACAAGGCCUCUCACUGUAUCGACACUACCUCAAACACCGCGAUGUCAAGGUCACUUUCUCUCCCGAAGGCCCUUUCGCUUUUGGAGAAUAUUCCAUGAACAACACUGGUCUGAUGUCCUACUUCUCUGCCUGGGGACCAGAUGGAGAAACGAAGCUCCUCAAGCCUGAUUUGGUGGCCGUUGGUAGCGACGGCGUUGCAGCAGCGUCUCUCCCUCUCCGAUAUGAGAUAGCGCAAGGCACCUCCUUCUCUUGCCCUUCGGUGUCUGGAGCAGUGGCGCUCUACAAAGCAGUGCAUGGCCGCAACGUUUCGACCGAUACAGUCACGCGCGCACUCAAACACACUGCCACUCGCGUGAAGCGCAGCCUGAAGCCUGGUGCUCAAGACGAGACCAACUUCAGGCAGGGCGCUGGGCUCAUGAACAUCACUGCCGCCAUUGAUCUCACGACAGAAGUCAGUCCUAUCCAGCUCGUUUACGGAGAAAGCGCACAAGCCAUCCUUUACAAUGAGAUUGCUGUGACCAACACAGCCAAGCAGAAGGUACUGUACAACAUCAGUCAUACACCAGCGCAGUCGGUGUAUCUGCUGCAGAAAGGCGCACCGCAGUAUAGAAGUGACAAUUCUUCGGCCAUGAUCAGCAAGGUGCCUGAUGAGGCUGACGCAGUCGCAAAAUUUGAGUUCAAUUCAGCUUCUUUCGAAUUGGGACCGGGAGAGAACACAAAGUUCAGCGCUCGCCUCAUUCCACCUCAGGAUGACCCUCGCAUUAUCAUGUACUCUGGAGUCAUCCAGAUCGCCGCAUCGAUCAGCACCGGCACUGUCCGCGUGCCAUACACCGGUCUUGCAGGCUCGCUGCGUACCAUUCCUGCUCUCGUCUCGGGUCCAACGCCCUUCAAUACAAGUCUGCCCGCCCUCUUUGACUCUGACACCAACGAGCAGAUCCGCAACGACUCGACGCACUGGACUUUGAGCAGCCAAGAAAACGGCAGCUAUCCGCAACUAUACUUCAUGAUGCAGACGCCCACGCUGCAGCUCACAUGCGAUGUCGUUAAAGCAGACAUCGUCUACAAGCCGACCAUUCCGAUCAUCGACGACCCCACUUGCUGUGCAGCGAAGUUCAAGGAUCUUACCGAGCGCGACGUCGGAGGGAAGACACCUCCAGUCUACACGAGAUUCGACGAGGUGCCCACCGUCGGAAGGUUGCAGAUCAGGGACAAUGUACCCAGGGACUACUUUGGCGACAAUCUAGUCCCUACUGGAACCUGGGGCACCUGUUUUGCCGACUCCGAGACUUUCCCCAUUGGCACAACGACUCUCGAUCCUGCCUCUGAGCCUGUCCGUCUUCCCGAGGGAAAGUAUAGAGUUUUGCUGCGCGCCUUGCGUCUCCAUGCUGGUGACCCACGCCUGGAGGAGAAUUGGGACUCGUACCUCAGUCAUGCGUACGAGUUCAGGAAACGCCAGAGGGCUCCUGGUGAAGGAGGUAAGACGCCCUAGCAGCACAAAUGAUUCAAGAGGCGAUGACAGCACAGAAUGUACGGGGCCCAUUCAGCCUUUUAGCACACCCGAAUCCCGAUGAAGGCAAUGACAAAGACAAUGACAGUCU